AUGCUAAGGGGAAACCAGAGCCGUAUGACUGAAUUCUUCCUCCUGGGACUGACCAGUGACCCCAAAGAGCAGGGGUGGCUCUUUGCCAGCUUCCUGACCAUGUAUCUGGUCAACGUGGCUGGCAACUCAGUCAUCAUUGCAGCCAUCCGCCUCCAUACCCCCAUGUACUUCUUCCUUUCCAACCUCUCCCUGGUGGACAUCUGCUUUACAAGUGUCAUUGUGCCAAGGAUGCUGGCAAGUAUGCUGAGCCAGAACAAGAAGGUCCCCUUUGCCCAGUGCCUCACACAGAUGUAUUUCUUUGUGGCCUUUGGGAUCACUGACAGCUUCCUCCUGGCUGCCAUGGCUCUUGACCGCUACACAGCCAUCUGUCACCCACUGCAUUACACCACAACCAUGAGCCCCCAGCGCUGUCUCCUGCUGGUGAUGUCGUCCUGGGUGCUGUCCCACCUCCACUCACUCGCCCACACGAUUCUCAUGGCCCGCCUCUCCUUCUGUGGGCCCAACAUCAUCCACCACUUCUUCUGUGACGUCCAGCCACUGCUGACGCUCUCCUGCUCUGACACCUCUGUCAAUGAGCUUCUGGCCUUCACAGAGGGCUCCUUUGUGAUCAUGAGUCCCUUCAUCUUGAUUAUUGUCUCUUAUGUUUUCAUCACCCGUGCUGUUCUGAGGGUCCCUUCCGGGGGAGGCAGGUACAAGGUCUUCUCCACCUGUGGAUCCCACCUCACAGUUGUGGCACUAUUCUAUGGAACCAUAAUAUUUGUGUACAUUCGCCCCUCAUCCACCUACUCAGUGACAAAGGACCGUGUGGUCACUGUCAUCUAUACAGUAGUUACUCCCAUGCUGAACCCUUUUAUCUAUAGUCUUAGGAACAAGGACAUGAAGCAGGCCUUGAAAAAGCUGAUCAGAAGAGCAGAAUAG